AUGGGAAAUCUGAGAAACCUAGGGUUGUGGCUGAAAAGCCUCCAAAUAACUGUGGAACCUCUGAUGUUCAUCUUAGCCGCAGCUAAUACGGCCAGGUAUGAAUUAUAUGCAAAAAAGUAUUAAUUCAAGUCGGAAGGGUCCUUUACGGGCUCGUUGAACGACCUUUAUAAAAAAUUUUCCAUUAUUUUUUCUUAAACGGGUGGCUACGUUUUUAUUUUCACUGCCUUUUUUCGUCCUUUCAUCGGACCUUUUUGAAAAACACAGAAUUUUAAAAAUUGAGAAUAAUUUCACCAGGGACUGUGUAUGAACCAAUGUGUGCUACAGGAUAAAAUCUCAUUAGUGGCCGAGACUCUUAGUACCCUUUUCACCCUUUUUGAGACUUUUUAGUCCACCAAGAAAGAAAGGCUCCAUAAAGGCCGCAAAACGGAACCCCUUCAUCGGCCGUUCUGCAGUAACUUCCUUUUUGCACCCGUUCUCCGUAUUUCCGACUUUUUCAGUGAUGAAUAUGUUUGGAAUCAAUAUAAUAAAAAAAAAUCUCGCGAUUCAAGAAAAAUGUAGAAGAAGUCAAAAUGCAAACUUCUUUCUCGAAACUCUUCCAAAAGUCAGAGCCAUAGACAACUCUUACUUUCAGAGGGAUCGUAACUCCGUCUUUAUCGGAAGCUAAAAUGAAACGAGUUUAUGCGGCGCCUCCGCAUUUAUCCGGAAAAGAUCUCGACAAGUUCUACAACAAAAAAAUGGUUCUUUGGGACAACAACUACGAAUACGUCAACUUGCCGAUCGCAUGCAUUGUUGGAAUCAUCUACGGUAGUUAAAUGUCAAUCGGAGGCUGAAACCGAUUCAGGUGGAUACAGUGACCACAAAGGAAGGAAACUCCCGUUGCUUGUCGGCAUUAUGAGUGUUCUUUAUGAAACUGCUAGUGAGUUGAUUUGGUUUGGUCCAAGAGGGGAUGAAAAAUGUCAUAGUUGUAUGAGAAGAUAUUAUAAUGUCAGAAAGCAAAAUUUUAACUUUAGGUGAAAGUUUCCUCGGAAAACGUUUGGGAGCAUUCCAAAAAGUAGCGAACGCCUUCCACAUAGCUUCCCAACAUCUUAUACUUAGAAAAAGAGCCUCCCUGAAGCCUUCCAGAAGCUUUUCAGCAGGCUUCUGGCAGAAGAUUCCCAUUUUUACCUUUCGAAUACCUUCCGAACACCUUCCAAAGACUUUCUUAAGACUUUCUAGCUUCCAUACACCUUUCAACCUCCUGCUGGUUACCUUACCAAGAUUCACCUGAAAUAUAAUUUUUUGUAACUGGCAUUUUUUUCACGUAAAAAUCUAGUUCGAAAUCUUGAAAAGAAGUAUAAUCGUCUUAGUAACAGUUGGAAAAUUUUGGAACUUCAAACUUUCUACGAAAAAAAAUUUGCUGCGAUUUUUAAGCAUGUGAUUUUUUUAUGAAGUUAUUUUUAAAAACCUUUUUAAAAAUGACCUUUUUUGUUGAGCAGGAUUUGAAAAAUUAAAGUUAACUUUCCGUGUUUUUUAAUGCUCCGAAAACGUUUAUAAAGAAUCAGGCUGCAAUGUUUAAAUUUUUUUCACCAGGUGUACAGUGAAAUAACUAAAAACUAUAUAUCACGUAUAAUUUGGAAAAAAAUGAAAAUGAAGGAUUUUUGCAGUGAGGAUGUUAAUUUGGAGUGAAUCGACAGAUCUUCCUCUCUACUGGCUUUACCCGACAGCGGUCAUUGCUGGACUGUUGGGAGAUUUUCUUCUCACAAUGAGUUGCAUAAACGCCUACGUCGCAGAUCAGUUUGAAGACAAAAUUGUGGUCUGACAUGUGCAAAAAUUCCAAAAAUCCUACGAAUAUUUUCAGCUUUCCUAUCGAAUGGUCGUUGUUUCGAUUAUUUUCAGUUUGGGUUCAUUUGCUUCUUCUCAAUUGACCAAACACGUUGUAAAAUGGACCUCAGAGAUUGCUGUUUUGGGAAUUGCUGAAGGUAUUUUUGUUCGCCAAACGUUUUGAUCAAUUAGUUCAGGAAUGCUCCUUUUCUCGUUGAUGAUAGGUAUUUUGAUGCUCAAACAACAGCCUCCAAAUUCACGCAAGAAAGAAUUGAUCUAUACAGAAGAUGAACUCGCGGAAGUUCUACCUGUCGAAGUACCUCCUGCUGUUGACCAGUGCGUUCUCGAAAAUAGCCUAACUUAUCUGAGGUUUCUAGCUCCCUGCUGGAAAUCGUCAAAAUAUCGUUUAUUUCUUUGUACGAUUCGGUGAAGAUUUUUGUGCAGCCUCGUAAGGGACACAGAAGGCUAUUCCUUUACAUGUGCUUUUUCGCAAAUUUCUUGGAUCAGUUUGUCUUUGGAGAAGAAAAGGGUAUUAUUCAGACUUUAAAGGAUUAUUUUCACAACUCAUCUGAUUUGAGGCUUAAUUGGAACGUACACCCGUCUCUCUCCUUUCAAAUGGGAUACAGACGAGUAUGCAAACUAUAAAACAUUGCGGCCUCUUGUGCGUGAGUUUUGCAUUCAGACGGAUCAGUUUUGUAGCAACUGACGACUAUUUCCAGAAAUAGCGGGGAUGUUUGUGGGGAUGCUGAUUUUCAAACGGAUUCUCCAUUUGCGAGACACGAUGAUUAUUUGUAUCGCCAUUGGAAGUAUGGGUCUAUGUGUCCUCAUGAUUGGAUUGGCACAGGUGGAGUUCAUACCUAAACUAGGUUUACACUAUUCAUGUUGGGAAGAAAAUUUUAACGUCUGAACUUUACUUAUCUAUAUUAUUCCGCUAAUCAUGAGAAAUUAAAACUCUUCCAAUUUAGUCUCAAAACAGCAGUGAAUAGACUUCGAACUCAAAAACAUCUUUUACAGGCUUCGUGGGUCAUUUUUGCUAGUUUGGCGCCUGGAGGCUUCCACGGUCUUCUGAACCCGAUGUCUUACACCUUCAUGGCCUGUCUGGUAGAACAAGAUGAAGUCGGCCAUCCAGAACUUUAUCUUCGAAUUGUCCGUGGUUUAGAUAGGAAAAGCUUAUGCAGUGAGCUCCAUCGCUCAAAAACUGGCUGGAAUUGCGCAAGCCGCCACGUUGCAGAACAUCUACAUCGCCACUGUCGACUGGUACCAGGUUAAUGGUUCUUCUGCGCAGAAAAGUCUUAUCUCGUCGGUUUCAGGGCUUUGUUUGGCUUCUCAUGUCCGGCCUAAGCUACGUCGCCGUGGCUGUUUAUGCGGUUGUUCAUGUUGUUGCUAAAAAAGAAAACAUUGGAUCUUGA